UGCUGCUUCAACGGCAUAUCGUGCCAGCCACUCUCUAUCUCGUCUCAAUCCUGUUACGCAGCAAGAUGUCGAUCACUUUGCAAAGAUUUUACCGUCGACGUCAAUUUUGUCAACUCUGGCUCCCAUUUCACUAGCAGCAACAGAGCUAGACAUUUACAAUAACGAUUGGAUGGGAAAGUAUCAUGGCAAUGCGACAACUGUUCUGAAGCCAAAGACAACACAGGAGGUCAGCGAUAUCGUGAAAUGGUGUCACGAGAAGCGCAUUGGCAUAGUCCCGCAAGGUGGAAAUACAGGCCUUGUAGGAGGAAGUGUCCCCGUCCAGGAUGAGGUCAUAAUCUCUCUCGCAAACAUGAGUCAAGUACGGUCGUUUGACCCAAUAUCUGGUAUCUUGAUUGCAGACGCAGGUUGUAUCCUUCAGUCGCUCACAGAUUAUAUUGCUCCGCACCAUCAUGUCAUGCCAAUUGAUCUUGGGGCGAAGGGUAGCUGCCAGAUUGGUGGAAACGUUGCCACGAAUGCUGGUGGCUUACGUCUACUGCGCUAUGGAUCGCUGCAUGGAUCUGUUUUAGGUUUGGAAGUUGUGCUCCCCGAUGGGACAAUCCUGGAUCAGCUUACAUCACUACGCAAAGAUAACACUGGAUAUGACCUAAAGCAGCUUUUCAUUGGUGCUGAAGGCACCCUUGGAAUAAUAACGGGUGUAUCCAUCCUUACCCCACCGUCUCCUCAGGCCUCUAACAAUGUCAUCUUUGCUCUCCCUCAUUUUGACAAUGUUUUGCCUUUGUAUCAGUCAGUGAAGCGCCAGCUGUCAGAAAUUCUUUCUGCGUUUGAAUUUAUAGACCGCACUGCCUAUGACUUAGCUGUUAAACACGGACAAGGACGAGCGCUUAGUGACGAGGAUGUCGAAGGUGCUCAAUGUUUCGUUCUCGUCGAGACCAGCGGUGGUCGAAGGGAACACGACGAAGAGAAAUUGACAACUUUGCUCGAGACAUUACUCGAGGCUGACAAGCCCUUAAUCAAUACAGGUGUUCUGGCACAAUCUCCUGCGCAAUUCUCGUCUCUAUGGGCUCUUCGAGAGGGUGUCACUGAAGCUGUUUCAAAAGAGGGGAAAGCGUAUAAAUAUGACAUCUCCGUUCCGUUAUCAACCUUCAAAGAAUGUGUUGAUGUCACUCGUGAACAUCUGAGAUCCAAGGGAUUAAUGCGUGAGGAUGCAGUCAAGCAUGUUGUGGGAUAUGGCCAUGUCGGUGAUGGAAACCUACACUUAAAUGUAGUUGCAGACACUUACUCUUCCGAGAUCCAAGAUGCCUUGGAGCCAUUUAUAUACGAGCUUGUCGCAUCACAUCGCGGUUCCGUGUCCGCCGAACAUGGCAUUGGCGCUAUGAAAACUCAUGCUCUCCACUACUCCAAGAGUGCUGUGAGCAUUACCUGGAUGAAGAAGAUCAAGGAGUUGUUCGAUCCUCGAGGUAUAAUGAACCCAGGCAAAGUGUUGGAAUGAGGAAAUGAGUGCAUCCUAUUCACAAUUUAGCUGCCCUCCUUCUCAACUCUGUUUUCAAAAUCUUUCCAGUGGAGGUUUUCUUCCCACAUGAACAACUUCCACCCACUCGGGGCGCGCAAAUCCAGAAAGCCUGGUUUUGGCAUGUUCCAUGAGGUUCUUUACAAAUUCGUCGAGGCGUCCAGACCAUCGAGACACGUGUUCUGGAUCUCACAAAAGCCAUAGGGCGUUCGCCCCACACCGGGUGAGCUCGAGCGACGACGGAAACUUCAAGCACGUGG